AUGCGGCGUUGCGCGAUAGAUACCCAGUCGCUGGACUUGAGGUGCAUUCUUGUUCUUAGUUUUACUGUACAUGUUUCCAUGUAGUCAAGACCGCAAUGACAUGUGUAUAUGUUCCAGAUGAAAGGUGUCAAAAUACAGACUAUACCCGUACCCCCCCGUUGGCUCUACGAUACUACACGAUCAAGUCAUCUGCAGCACGCACCAUCCAGACCCUCGCAUCUCACGCCAACAUUCAACAGCAACAACGCAUUGGAACACUUUCCCAACAGCAACAACGCGUUGGAACACUUUCCCGACAGCAAUCCUCACGACGGCACGGCUUCUCGUUCAUCAGCACAUGCCAUUUUGCAUUCUACAUGCUAUCCAUCGUGUCGAGCACGUCUGUCAGGCUAAGAGAACCCUAGCAUUCCAUGAGUGAAUUCAAAGAGAAGCCUAGUAACCGUGUGUAAAGUUCGCCAGCACGCUACUCGGCGUGCUUGUAC